AUGAAUUCUCAACCAAACUCAGUCUUGGGUGGUCUUGGCGGCGAUACUCCACAACAUGGACACGGGCCAGCAUCGAAUCUAACGUUUGCAAGUCAUGGAGGUCCCAGCUCGGUUCUCGGCCCUGCUUCCAUCAUUCGAGGUCGAUCCGACAGCAUUGGUGGGCCUGGAAGUAUGAUGCUCGGAUCCCAAACAAAUUCACAUAUGAUGUCUAAUAUUGCCUCGAUGUCGAUGUCAUUGAUGGGAGGCGGCUUCACACCACAAACAAACGAACGUCUGGGCGGACCAUCAAGCAAUCUCAACUUUGGUCAACUCAGUCAAGCCAACCUGAACAUCAACCCACCAAGUGUCAACGCCAUUGGACCAGGAUCCAUCUAUCAGGAUAUGAAUCCACAAUCAGUAGGAAAUUUGGCUGUUCCGAUGACGCCAUUAAAUGUUAAUGAUCAACAGUUAUUCAGAGAAAUGGUUCAAAACAAGCAGCAGAAUCCACAAAGCGUCAUGCAGAUGCAAAUGCCCCAGACACCAGCUUCUCUCGAUAUCCCAUCGCCCACGUUACAAAAUAUUGUUAGCACAGUUAAUCUCGGAGUUCCACUGGAUUUAAAGAAGAUUGCCUUGCAUGCACGAAACGCUGAGUACAACCCAAAACGUUUUGCUGCGGUCAUCAUGCGUAUCAGGGAACCACGAACGACGGCUCUCAUAUUCUCUUCGGGUAAAAUGGUUUGCACUGGAGCGAAGAGUGAGGAAGCUAGCAGAUUAGCGGCACGAAAGUAUGCUCGCAUCGUUCAAAAGCUUGGCUUUGAGGCAAAAUUCACUGAAUUCAAAGUGCAAAAUAUGGUUGGAUCAUGUGAUGUACGUUUCCCGAUUCAAUUGGAAGGACUUUGCAUCACUCACGCGCAAUUCUCAACAUACGAACCUGAACUCUUCCCCGGUCUCAUCUACCGAAUGGUGAAACCACGUGUAGUGUUGCUGAUUUUUGUUUCUGGAAAGGUGGUCAUUACUGGUGCCAAAUUCAAGAAGGACAUUGACGACGCGUUUUCACAAAUCUACCCAAUUCUAAAAGGAUUUAAGAAG